AACUAAUGAAACAUUAAAUUUAAUUAAAAAAGUUUUUAAAGAAAUUCUAAAAGAUUAUCAUUCAAAUACUCGUCUUUUAACAUCUCUAUUAGAUGCAUUAAUAAAAUGUGGAGAUUUUUCAAGUGCACAAAUUAUCUUUUCAAAUAUGGAAAAAUCUGUAAUAACUUAUGGUAUUAUGAUGAAUGGAUAUAUUAAAGAAAACAAUCCUAAACAAGUAUUAGAUUUAUUUAAUCAAAUGAAAAUCGAUGGUAUUGAAGCAGAUUUGAUUAUAUAUCUCUAUAUUAUAAAAGCUUUAUUUGAUAUUGGUGACUAUUCAUUAUCCCUAUCGUUUAUUAAACAAAUUCCUCAUUCUAUUGCUGUUGAUGAUCGAAUUCAUAAUGCAUUAAUCGAUAUGUGGGGAGAAACUGGAGAUUUUGACGAAGCAAAAAAGAUUUUUGAAAAAAGUUUUCAACCAAAUCAAAUUGAAUAUACAUCAAUGAUUAAUUAUUAUGGUUUAAAUGGAAUGGGUAUUCAAGCACUUGAACUUUUUCAUCAAAUGCCAUCAGAAUUUAUCGAUGAAAUAACUUAUAUUUGUAUUCUGAACGCAUGUUCACAUUCAGGAUUGGUUGAUGAAGCUCGCUCAAUUUUUGAUAAAAUUCAAGUGAAAUCAGAGAAUAUUUAUAGUACCAUGAUCGAUUGUCUCAGUCGUUCGGCUUUUUUUGAAGAUGCACAAAAAUUGAUUGAUGAAUUUGAAUGCCAUCAUUCACCUGCACGAUCUAUGUACAGUUAG